AUGAGCCCCUUAGAGAAAAAAUUCACAAUUUCUUGUUUGGUACCUAACGUAUCGGAAUUUUACGGAGAUCCGCAUAUUGUAGAAACUCAUUUCAAUGUUGACUGGAAACUAAAAUACUCACGUUACCAAGGAUUUCUGUUGGUGUUUUUGGAAUGUAUGGAAAAAAGAAAAGACUAUUCAAUUGAUGUUGAGUUGAAAUUUCAAAUCAAAGCUGCGAAUGGAGCCACACUGGUUGCAACUGAUACAGGAACAUACAAUAUGAAAAACCGCGAAUGGGGAUGGCAUGAAUUUGUUUCGUGGAAAACUCUAUUGAAUAAUUAUGUGUUUGAUGAUAGUUUUACUCUACAAGUUCAUGUCACUAUGAAGAAAAUGAGAGGUUUUGGAAAAAUGAAUUUGAGAAGUUUUGAUGAAUCUGUGAGGGAAUGUUCGGAUGUUGUGCUGGUAGUUGGUGGUCAGAAAUUCUAUUUAUGCAAAAUGUACCUAUCACUUCAAUCCAGUUAUUUCAAGUCACUUUUCCUCGGAAAUUUCGAUGAAUGCCGAAAAAAUGAAAUAGAGCUCAAGGACAUUGAUCCGGAAGAUUUCCAAAAUUUUAUGGAACUCCUUCACGGAGAAAACAGUAUCGAUGAUUACACUGUUGAUGGGAUCGCUUAUCUGGCAGAUAUGUAUGAUUCACCUACGGCAAUCCGUUGUUGUCAGGAUUUUUUGAUGACUUCAUCAGAGAAAACUCCACAGGAGAAACUGGAAAUAUCGAUGAAGUGUAAUAUGAAAGAUUUGAAGGAAAAAAGCCUCAAAAAUAUCAAUGAUUUGCGCAGUGUUACUGCUUCAAAUCUCGAUUCUAUGGAUUUGGAUUUCGCCAAAGAACUUUUGGAGAAAUUUAUGGAUCUAUGA